ACACCAGGAAAAUUUAGAUGGUCUAUUGAUCAACUUGCUCUAAUAAAUCCCAUGGAAAUUGACUCGGAAGAUGUUCGACGCCAAGCAAUGUAUUUGAGUCACGCUAGAAUUGAUAAGGAAACAGAAGACAGAAGGCAAAGAGCCAUUGAGGAGUUUUUCACAAAAAGACUCAUAGUGCCUUCUCCUUGGACUGAACAUGAAGGCAAGCAAGUUUCUCAGUUUAAUUCAACUAAAUCCAUAGAUCUAAGUAACAUUUCUCCAAUUGGAAGACAGCUAACUUUGCAGCCUGGGAAAAGUAAUGCUGCUUGCCAGACAGUACUGUCUUUGCCAGUGGAUUUUAAUUUAGAGAAAAUACUGGGUGAAUAUUUUCGAACUGAUGAAUUUGCAGAUCAAUCUCAGGAAAAUCUGAGCUCUUCAUCACUCAGAAGAAAGCUGUUUUUGGAAGAAAAUGGAAGCGUGUCUGAGUGUUUGUCCCCUUCUCUGCAUAGUCCAUGUGGUGGUCAGCCACUCGGGGUGCUCUGUUCAAUAGACAUCUCUCCAGUCCGGUGCAGAAGCCCUCUGGAAACAUCUAGUUCAGGUCAAUUUUCGUCAAGUCCUAUUCAGGGAGGAGCAAGGGCUUAUAGUCUGGGAAGUAUAACCAGUCCCACGUUUCCAGAGGGAUCUCCUGCACAUAAUGGUUCUCCUACCUUUUCACCAGUUGCUUUUCACAUAAGAAAGACACCGCUGUCAGACCAAAGAAAGUUUACAUUUCGUUCUCCAGAUAUUCCUCCUCCCUCAAAUAGAAUGACACCCCCAAGUACAAGAAGUCCUUACAUAGAAGGCUGUUCUCCAAUUAAAAAUUGCUCUCCUAUGAGGCUGGGAGCAUAUAGAGGAACUGCCCAAUAUCAGACUUCUGUCAUUAGGAUACCGAUUGCAGUUGAGAAUCACGGUGAGGAUGAGGAAGACAAGGAAAAUGCUGCUCCAGCAGAAGCUCUGUUCCCAGAAAUGGAUAAUGGGAUAAACUUAUGUCAGCAAGACGGCGAUACCUUUGCACGUGGUACACGUCUGGUGGUAGCAACUGUGUCUAUUGCACCAGAUCGCUCGGAAACUUGUCAUCAAAGGUUGUCAUUUCAGGAUACAGAAGGCUCAAAGGAAAAUAAUACUGUGGAUAUGGCUGAUGCAGCUGAAGUGUCAGAGGAAAACGCUUGGAUGAAAGAAACGAUUGGCAAUAGCAAUGAACCAAUGGCCAGCUUCAUGACAGGGAUUACUUUCAGUAUUGAAAACUCACGCAUGUGCAUGUCACCUCUUGCAGAAAGUAGUGUAAUCCCUUGUGACAACAGUAGUAUUCAGGUGGACAGUGGUUAUAACACACAGACUUGUGGAAGCAGCAUUAUGGAUACUGUGGGGGCUGAAAACAGCUGCAGAGAAAAUGAUGUGAAUACUAACGUGUUCCAGAAUAGAUCUCAGCUGCUUAGAACAAAG